GCUGGUUGUCAGACAGCCUCUUUCUCUCCACUGGAACUUAUAUCUACUCUACGCCUACACACACCCACAAGCAAGACACACACACGCUCUAACUUGCUCUAUAGCCUCUUCGGUGGACAAAUCUAGCAGACUGCAGAUGAGAGCUUAGUUAUUGUGUGUCUAUGAUGGUACUUUAAACUGUUGGUCAUCUAUAACAUAUAGCUCACGUGGUGUACAUCAGUUUAAGAAACUUUCAGUUUCGAGAGCUUGUGUUUGGAAAUGGUUUGGCUCCGUGGAUCUAAAGUGCUGUCCCUGCUGUUGACAGUGUCUCUCUGUCUCUGUGUGUCACCUUCUCUAGACACAGGUGCCGUAGAGUUGAAGUACACCAAGACUCCUAUGGUUGGGACUGAGGGCAUGCCCUUGAGGCUCACCUGUAAGGCAGUGUAUGACACAAAACAAUGUGGUCGUAUUGAUGCCUUUUGGUGUCAUCACACUUUGGAAGAGUGUCCCAAGCUCAUUGACCUCGGCAAGUACCUCACUGUUGUCAACGAGAUGGUUAUGGAUGACCACAGUGUCAGACAUAGACAUGUUGUAACAGACUUCAUAGAACUGACCCCUGCUGACCGAGGAGUCUAUCAGUGCAAUGCAGUAUGUGAAAUGGGAGGCCAUACUGCCAUGGGACACUACAUAAAUAUCACAGUCAAAGCAGCUCCAAUAGUUGAUCAAAGAAAGGCCAACAAUGGUGGACUGAACUGGACAUACAGCACUGGAACAAUACUGUGGUUCCUUCUCCUAAUACUGGAGUUACUUGAGGCAAGAUCAAUAACAAAGUAACACAGAAAAAAUGCACUUGUACAUUUAUACUUCGCAGCCAAUCAUAACUUAAUGUAGAUCUUUUGGGGUGAAGUCUCUUGUCUAUUAAUUAUUAUUUGUGUUUAACAGGUUAAUCAUUGAGCUGGUCUGGUAGCUGAUGGCAGAUGGCGUCAAAAAAAAAAUCAAUUUCAUGGAAUUUCAAUGGAAUGGAAUGCUCAUUUGUUCGCUCGAUCACAAUUUUUUUCCAGUUGGCAUGCGUGCCUAUUUCUGUUUAGUUUUGUUCUCUCCCCUGUUCUUGUCACGGUGUGCUAUCUCUCUACACUUCUCAGGUCUGUGUCUGUUAGAGGAAAUGCCCAUACAGGACAGGAAACCACACAUAGCAUUUGCACAAACGGAGGACUGAAGCAAUGUGAACAGAGGUAGUCGCAGUCCAUGUGGUUGGAAGGGUGAGGGGGAGUAAAAGGGUCUGGUAGUCUUGUGAUGUUCAUUAUAUCUCAGUUUAAUUUGAAGGCGCAGGAGUGCACUGUCAUACUUUUUGUUCUAGUUGUCCAUACAUGCCUUUUUUUUGUUUGUUUGUUUGUUCUCUCCCCUGUUCUUGUCAUGGUGGGUUAUCGCUCUACACCUUUCAGGUCUGGCGUCUGUUAGAAUAAAUGCCAAUACAGGACAGGAAACCACACAUAGCAUUUGCAAAAACAAACGGAGGCCUGAAGCUAUGUGAACAGUGCUAUAGUAGCGGUCUAUGUGGUUGGAAAGGUGAGGAGGAGUAAAGGGAUAUGCAUUUCUUGUGAUGUUUAUCCUAAACUCAGUUAGAUUUGAAGGCUCAGGAGUGCACUGUAAUACUAUAUACUGUAGGUUUACAGUAUUUUGAAAGAAGUUAUUAUGAAUUGCGAAACUGAGCGAUAUUCCGUGUUGGCUAAACCACUAGGUCAGAGCUUCCUCAAAUACAUUUUGGUUGUAUAGAGGUGUUCCCCCAGAGUUAUUUUAUGUGUACCCCAAAAAACACCAGAUAAGAAAAGCAUGGUGUGUCAUACAAUAUAUGGAAAUUAGCCAUUUGACCAUUAUAAACUGACAAACUACAUAAACAUUUGUGCACUAUAUCUGCAAUCUUAUAAAACAAUCAAACAUUAUUUUGAUGAUUACAACUGCAAUUAUCAAAGCGCUUUAUAAGUUUACAUGUAUUAAUGUCUCAGCAAAACCAUAUCUACACAUUUAAAUGAGUGGAAAUGACCACUUCUGCCGUAGGGUAAACUUUAAAGGUAUGGAGAUUUAAGGAGGAGACUACCAUGCACCAGUUGUUGCCACAAAACAAGUGAAGACCCUUUUAUUAGCCUCCCUUCCCAGGCUAAAGACACAAGUCUUUGAACGAGUUCUUAUCACAUGACAGCAAGCGCCCAGGUACUUGGAGAAUUGAUUAUGGUUCAUGUUAAUAUUGGUUAAGCCUUGUUUGGUAUCACCAUGCUGAUAUUAGACAAACUACUUUAUUUUUCUAUAAUGUAUUUGAUGCUCAUGUGUUAAUUGUGUAUUGGUCUUACAUUAAUUUCUCAUGAAAGCAACAGCAUAUUGGCUUUUCUCUAACAAUUCCUUCUUAUGAGGGAACGCAAACCUUGUUACACAUUUUGUUUAACAUCUAUUACAGAUCUGUGCUUUUUUAUUGUUGUUUACUGAUAUUAAAUAGUAUUUAUAAAAAUCUAAA